CUCUCCAGCCUAGACACACUUCCUCUCUGCUGCUCUUAUUCAUUUCCAUUUUUUUUCCCCCUCAAUGGUUUUGUUUGCUCGCCUGUUGGUUACUACUGUGUGUGUGUUUUCAUUGGGGAUUCGGACAACGGGAGGAUGCGCUUUUUGGAGGAACAAAUACUCAAAGUUGUCUCUUCGGCCAGACCGGGGUUGUUUUAGUGGAUAAAUAGAUGUUCUUCAGGUUGGAAUGAACAAUGGUGCGGAUCCUUGGUGCUCUGGCCGAGGACAUGCUCUGGUUUCGGUUGCUGUUGCUGUGCGUCGUGGAGUUGGAGCUGGGAGCCGGGCUUUCUACUUUCCAGGGUUUCUAUCUUCCACCUGCGAAUGGGUCGCUUCUCGCACCUGCCCGAAGGACAGACGGUGUCGUGCGGACCAUUGACCGGAUUUACCACGGAGGUGGGAAGGUGGGCUACCUGGUGUACCUGGAUGGGAGCCGGUUUCAGCUGGACAUGGAGCGGGACGAGUCGGUGCUGUCGCAUCACUUCAGCCCCCAGUAUGUGCUCGCUAUGAUGGGGGACAGCCCUGCGCCUUUGCAGCGGGAAUGUGUGUACCGUGGGACAGUGGACUCCAACCCGGAGUCCCUGGCCGUCUUCAACCUCUGCGGCGGGGGUCUCGAGGGCUUCUUCGCCGUGGACCACGCGCGCUACUCCAUCACGCCUAUCGUCAGGGCGAAGGGACACGAGCACGACGUGCGUGCCCUGCACGACAAAGACGCGGAGAGCGCGCUCCAUGUGUUCACGCGCGAAAGUUUCAGCUUCCAGGCCAUGCGCGAGGGGCGCGAGAGCUGCGGGACGCGCGACGGGCGCAGAGGACGCAGGCAUGCGGCGGGGAAACGCCGGCACAGAGGUCGCGGGAAGUGGAGACAGGGCAAAGAGAGACUCGCAGAGGAGAGCGCAGAUGAGCACGGUGCGCGCGGGCGAACAUGGUGGAGCCGGCUCGCCAAAGCAGUAGCUGCUCCGGAACCUGGCACGCGGAGCAAGAGGUCAGUCUCUCGCGCCAGGCACGUGGAGCUGCUCCUGGUGGCUGACGACACCAUGACCAAGAAAUACGGCAAGGACUUGAAUCACUACCUGCUCACACUGGCCUCCAUCGCGUCCAAACUGUACGGGCACGCCAGCAUCGAGAACCCCAUCCGGCUGUCGGUGGUGAAAGUGACCGUGGUCGCUGAGAAGGAGAAGGGGCUCGAUGUGUCCAAGAACGCGGCUGCAACACUGAAAAGCUUCUGCAAGUGGCAGAACCAACAGAACCCGCUGGACGACGACCACCAGCACCACCACGACGCCGCCAUCCUCUUCACCAGGCAGGACCUCUGUGGCCACCACUCCUGCGACACCCUGGGCAUGGCAGACGUCGGCACCAUCUGCUCUCCGGAGAGAAGCUGCGCUGUCAUCGAGGACGACGGGCUUCACGCUGCCUUUACAGUCGCGCAUGAGAUAGGCCACCUGCUCGGCUUGUCCCAUGACGACUCCAAGUUCUGCGAGGAGCGUUUCGGAGUGAACAGCGACAGGCGGCUAAUGUCCUCCAUCCUCACCUCCAUAGACGCCUCCAAACCCUGGAGCCGCUGCACCUCGGCCACCAUCACAGACUUCUUUGACGAUGGCAACGCUGAGUGUCUUCUAGACUCUCCUCGCCAGCCCCUGCUGGGCCCUGAGGAGCUCCCAGGGCAGAGCUACGACGCCGUCCGCCAGUGUCGCCUGGCCUUCGGCCCCGAGUACACAGUCUGCCCGGGCAUGGACGUAUGUUCUCGCCUUUGGUGCGCCGUGAUUCGCCAGGGACAGAUGGUGUGUCUGACCAAGAAGCUGCCGGCCGUGGAGGGAACACCCUGCGGGAAGGGACGCAUCUGCCUGCAGGGAAAGUGUGUGGACAAGACCCGCAAGAGACACUACUCGGCGUCCAACCACGGCAGCUGGAGUUCCUGGGGUCCUUGGGGUGCGUGCUCCAGAACUUGCGGAGGCGGGGUGCAGUUCGCCCAACGCCUGUGCAACAACCCGCCACCACGUAACAACGGGCGUUACUGCACGGGGAAGAGAGCCAUCUAUCGGUCCUGCAACGUCACACCAUGUCCAGCAUCAAAUAAAAGUUUCCGGCAGGAGCAAUGUGAAGUGCGCAAUGGUCCCCAGACAGAUCCUAAAGGGGUGAAGACCUUUGUUGAGUGGGUGCCUAAGUACGCAGGAGUCCUCCCUAAAGAUGUGUGCAAGUUGACCUGCAGAGCAAAUAGGACAGGAUACUAUGUGGUGUUCUCUCAUAGGGUGGUAGACGGGACAGAGUGUCGUCCUUAUAGCAGCUCGGUGUGCGUAAAAGGGAAGUGUGUACGGACAGGCUGCGACGGCAUCAUUGGCUCCAAGCUCCAGUUUGAUAAGUGUGGUAUAUGUGGAGGUGACAGCACAGGAUGUAUACGCGUUGUGGGCAACUUCACCAAGAAGAGUAAGGGAUACACUGACGUGGUGAAGAUCCCUGCAGGCUCCACCCACAUCAAGGUUCGUCAGCACAAGGCCAAGGACCAGACCCGCUACACUGCCUACCUGGCCCUCCGACGGCCCAACAACGAGUACCUCCUUAACGGCAAGUUCGUGAUCUCCACCUCCGAGACAAUCAUCGUACUCAACGGUUCUGUGCUUAACUACAGCGGCUGGAGCCAAAGGGACGAGUCGCUCCACAGCAUGGGUCCCCGGGCCCUCCAAGAAGCCUUGGUGGUCCAGAUUCUAGCGACAGAUGCUAAAAAGCCUCUGGAUGUUCAUUAUAGCUUCUUCAUGCCACACCAAACAGCCCCACAGCAGCCAUCAGCUCCGCUCAUCCCCAAACCAAAGUCGACCCUUCCACAGAGCACUACAAGAGUGUCAGCCACGACGACGACAACCACCACCACCACCAUCACCACCACCACCAGUAGCACCACUACAUCUUUCUCCGCUCUCCCUGUCCUGGUCCCAGGGCCACCGACAGCUCCAGGUCCCUCCACCCCCACCCCGGGGCCCCACUGGGUAACGGGAUCCUGGAUGACCUGCUCCAGGACUUGUGACACUGGCUGGCAGAGCCGGACAGUGCAGUGUAAGGACCAGGAUGGAAAACUGUCCAAGGGCUGCACGUUAGGUGCCCGACCCUCUGCCUUCAAACACUGUCUGGUGAAGAAAUGUUGAGGCGGCAGGAGAGGAAAAAUGAUUUGUAAGACAAGAAACAAUUCAUUGGAAGAAGUUUAAUCUGUACAUCUGAUAAAGGUCUUAAGUGCUGGAUGUAGGACUAUGGACUAAUGAAUUAAAGAACCUUUAACAGGACUGUGAAUGUCGGCUAAAGGGCCUGGACCAGAUACACAGAGACUCAGAAACAGAUUGUCAUGACUAAAUUGACUAAAUGCUAGAGGAAUGUCCUGGAAUCAUAGUAGCUAUGCAGAGCACAAGUAGAACGGAGGACAGUGUCCGUAUGUUAGUGACAAGUAUCGCCCUGGCACAGCUAAGGACUUAAAUUGCAUGUCAUUUCCACAUGGACAGUAAUUGAUUGUCUUUACUUCAGUCUCCAAACCCUGGAGGCUUAGUGUGUGUUGCCCUGUAAUGGCAUGCCUGUUGUCGUGUUUUUUUAUGCUAUUCCGUGUUCUAAUCACUGUGGGGAUUUAGAAGCCACACCCCUUUGUCUAUUGUCAUGAGUGUGUCCGAGACUAGAGCACCAAUGAUGGGAAGCACUCGUUAUUCACCUUAUCGUCAUUUUUGCCCGAAUCGCAGUCCUGUUUUACGUCCGUCAUACUGCGUCCCAUAUUACUCCCCCUACUUGGACAUUUCAGUCACUAAACAGCUCAUAACAUUUUUUAUGAUCAGAAUUUUGAACUUACAAACUCACUGGAUGGUCGGCAAUUUUCGUAGCAACAGCUAAGAUACCAAGAAGGGUCUGUUCCCUGAAAGACAAUACAAACCACGUAAAAUCACAGGAUGUCUUUUUCAUUAACAAACUUGAGUACAUCUCUGCAGCAUUAUUCCUAAAAUGGUGGUCUCCUUAUUUUCUGAUUGCCUACCAAUAUUCUUCUCUUAAAGAAUUUUAUGAGCCACUCAGUGACCGAAAACUACAAGUUACAGGAGAUGUCCAUACGUAUGAUGGUCCUGGAUCAGGUCUACACAUAUUCCCCGACUAUAAGCACUAUGUGUCUUUAUUUGACUAAACUCUCCUGCUGAAAACCAAGAAGCAGCACAAGAAGAAGGGAAGACUGAUCAUAAACUAUUUCCCGUAGUGUUGACUAUUUUGUCAAGAAUAUCCAAAAGAUGCUUAUUGCAUAGGAGAAAGCCUCAGCAUGGGAGGGUGACUUCACGACCAAGAAUGAAUGGGUAAGCCAGACAUUUGGUUAAUGGACGGUGCAUUGCAUCCUAGAUCCAGCCAGUCUUAAACUGUUGAGACACUUCUGUGCUCAUGUUCUUGAAAAGUUUCUCUGCUCCGCAAAACAACUCGGGAAGAAAGACACAAGUCACCUCUAUAGCGUAGAAACCGCCGCAUGGUGUGAUGGCAUGGAAAGUGAAAGUACGGUGGCCUUUAGAGGGCAAACUUUACAACAGUUAAAUUGACAAAGGGGCAAAGUAACCAUGACACUCCUUAACAUUUAUGGAGGUUAACGAUGACUCGCAGGUUUGGGGAAAUGCUUGAUUUUGUGUGUGUGUGUGUGUGUGUGUGUGUGUGUGUGUGUGUGUGUGUGGGUGGGUGAGUGCGUGUGCGUGUACGUGUGUCUGGUCUGUGUUUUAAGCACAUACAGUAUGUACCGUGAACGUGUGCGUCUUGAACCUUCUUCACUCUCAGUUCCAUUUGUAUCAGUCAUUAUGCUGGUGCUGGGAGGUUUACGGCCCUCAUGUUUUAUUGUGGCGGUCAAUAUCUGUUUUUUAUUGUCUGUUUUAUCUGUUUAGGAAGUAAUGCUAAUAUGACAAUGUGUGCCCUGGAUACUCCCAAAGGAGAUACUAAUGCAGUCAUUAAUGUCCUUUUGCAAUUCAACUCUUUCUUCCUUUUCAUCACUCUAUCUCACAAAUUAUUGUUUUAAUCUGUUUCCAACCCUGAUGGGUGGUGUUUGCCACAUUACAACAAUUAAGUUAGUACCACAGAAUGAUUUUAAAGGAUCAAUUCACCUGAGUUUUGAGAUAUCCAUCUGGUGCCUCCACCCCAGUAGAUGGAUGGAAUUUCCUUUGUGGUUUUUGUGGUAGAGGUUUUACAUUUACAUUUUUCAGCAGAAACUCCAGAAACAAUGUCUCAGUUACUUUAGACAAUCCACUGACCUAACUGUCAACAAUUUAUUUGGAACUACUUUGUGCUGAAGAAAUAGUCCCAAUGACUACAGGGGGACACUGAUGCUGCAAAGGAAUCUUGCUUUUUGAUUUAAAGAAAUAGUUUGACAUUUUAGCAAAUAGACUCUUUCAUUUCUUGCCGAGAAAUAGAUGAGAAGAUUGAUACCAGGAAGUUUAGCAUAGCUUAGCAUAAAUACUGGAAGCCAGGGAAACAGCUAGCCUGGAUCUGUACAAAGAUUAAAAAUAUGCCUACCAACAUCCCUAACAUAUGUUGUUUAAUCUGUACAAAACUUAAAGUGUAAAAAUGACAAUUAGCCCGUUUCCAGUUUUAAUGCUAAGCUAACUGGCUGCUGGCUCAAUUUUAUAUUGAAUGUACAUACAGUAUAUGAGUGUGGUAUCAAUCUUGUUGUCUAACUCUCAAGAAAGUAAAUAAUGACAUCGAAGCUAUUCUUUUAGGCGAAACAAAACUAUCUGCAUCACUAGAUACCACUAGGUUAAGGUAGGGAAAUGCGCUUUUUUUGUAAUUUUGGUGAAUUUAUUCUUUAAAUUCCUCCACCAAAUCUCACAAUAUCAUGCUUUAAUGUUGUUAUUUAAUGCAAGGAUGUAUUUAGAGUGUAGACAAUGUACAUUACAUAUCAAAAUGACUUUAAAAUACCUUAAUGUAAUUUUGUUAAAAUUGUUUGUGUGGCAAGCCUCACCCAUAUGGCACCUGUGCAGGAGAAAACAACCCAUAAGAAAGAUUUUCAGAUAGUACACAUGACCCAGGUCAACCUACCACUCAUAAAAUGUUCUCUCUUCUUCCCUCGCACAUUCAGAUUUAUUUACACAAUGUAGACAUUUUUGUACCAUGAUUAGAUCUUUCAUAUAUGUGUUAGUAUUCAACCAUAUUUACACAGAAAUGUACACAGACACACUGAAAUAAUCCAUCGGUUACACGGCAUUUUGAGAAUUUCAGAAACCCUCACACACACUUCAUACAUACACACACAUACACACACACACAUACACACACACACACACACACACACACACACACACACACAUAGACACACAACCCACUCUGACUCUUCCAGUAGGGAAACCUCUCUCUCUGAACGACAGAAACACAGCACUGAACUUGUAAUUUAUUGUUUGUACAACUGGUAUGUGUGAAUAAAAAAACAAUGAGAUGAGUUUUAUUUAUUAUAGUAAUUUUGUAUCAAAUUACUAUUAACUUAGGAAUAUGAACCAUUCCUUUGUAAGAAUACAGUGUUUCUUUUCUAGUCAUUCACAUGAAAUGUACAUAAAAUCUAUAUAUUUAAA